CACUUAUAGUUCGCACUGAAAGACAGCUCUGAUGGGCACUGAUAUGUGGAAUUGAUGUGCACUGGUAGGUACUGAUAUGUGGCAUUGAUGUGCACUGAUGGGCACUGGUAUGUGGCAUUGAUGGGCACUGACAGGUGGCCCUGAUGAUCAGUGUAGAUGUCGCCUCUGAGGAAUUCCAAUUACCGGCUCUCCUCUCCUCACACGCUGUCACUGAUCACAUGAUAGAGCCUGUGUCAUCGGCUCUUUACAGUGAUAGG